AUGUACGCUACACCAGUGGCAGUGAUAGUCAUUAGCACGGUGUUCCCUGUAUUAGGAAUCACCGUGGUCGCCUUGCGGUUCUACACGCGGAUCAAAGUUGGAUCACUGUCUAUGCUAUGGAUUGACGAUUGGUUGACGAUCCCGGCAUUGAUAUUCGAAUUAGUUCUGGCAACUCUACUGAUAUGGGGAGGCGUGACGAAAUCCUUAGGGGAUGUCCUCCCUCCCCCAACUGUCCCCGGCCCCAAUGGUUACCUCUUCUCCACAUCGCCACGCCAGAUCAGACUCCAACAGAUACAAUAUUUCGCUGACAUCGCCGCCAUCCUCGCCUUUGGGUUCAUCAAGCUUAGCAUUCUCUUCUUCUACCGAAAGCUUUUCUGUGGUGCCCGAAUGAGUAGAACAGUAUUCGGUAUCGUGACCUGGAUGGUUAUCGUUCUCAUCCUGGCCUGGACGACAGCAUUCGGCAUCGGGUCGGUCUUUCUAUGUGGAAUUUACCCGGCAAAUGCAUGGAAACCAGUGGCCGUGGUUGCCGAGAAAUGCAGUGCUCAGUUACCACUCCUGGAGGGUUAUGCGAUCUCAGAUUUCAUUAUGGAUGUAGUGAUCUGGUCUAUGCCUAUUCCGAAGAUUCUAACUUUGAAUAUGACUAUGCAGCAAAAGAUGGCAAUCAUGGGCGUGUUUCUUGUUGGUCUUGUCGCAACUGCAGCAUCCGCAACAAGAAUGGUCAUCUACAUUAAAUAUGUCGUGAACGCAUUCGCUCAAUCUGACGGAGAGACCCUAAUUACGUACCUGCUAUUCUGGACCAUGAUUGAAUGUGGACUUGGAAUCAUUGUCAUCUGUCUGCCGUGCCUGCGUCCAUUAUAUGUAACCUUUCCUGCACGCUCUAUCCUGAGCAGCCUCCGAAGAAUGUGGUCCAUGCGCUCACUGAAGAAACGAUGGCUGCAACUCUCUGGCGAUAUAGCACUCGAUGAUCUUGGUUCCUUGGGUAACUCAGCAUGUCCAAAUUCUAACUUCCAGCGUCACAGAUCCGACGGCACGAGUAAUACUUAUGCUGUGGAAGUACGCGGUUCAGUGAAAUCAUAUGGAGGGCCAAAAUCGGGGAUUCGGGUUGAGCACGAGCUUGAGCAGUACUAA